GAACAGAAUCGACUACAAGAAGUUCUGCGAGAAGUAGAAGUGAUGCGAUGUCUGAAUCACCCCAACUGCAUUAAGUUGUAUGCAACAUAUGAAAACGAUCAGCAGUUCUUCAUCGUCAUGGAGUAUGCCGAUGGAGGACAGCUGCUUGAUCGCAUUGCGGCGAGCGAACACUACUGGUAUCAAGAUUGUCUGUCUCAAAAUGAUCAAGUAAAGUUAGCUCGGCAGGUCUCAUACCUCCACACCAAGAACGUUGUUCACAGAGACCUGAAGCCUGAAAACAUCUUGUUCUCUGACUUGGCAAGUGCUAGACUGAGCCCCAACGCAACCAUCAAGCUCUGUGACUUCGGUCUGAGCAGACGAGCCCUCCUUCCUCGCCAACGCUUCUGCAGGUGCGGAUCGCCGGACUAUAUCGCGCCCGAGGUCCUUGAAAGAUGCGGCUACGGCUUUGAGUGUGAUGUGUGGAGCUUGGGAGUCAUUUUGUUCCUGGUUCUUCCUGCCAAUUCAAGUGCCAGCGUUCAGUGA